AUGGUGAUCAGGUAUAAUGUCGAAGAUGAUUAUCACCAUAUAAUUUAUGAUUUUUUCAUCUUGAAACACAUAAAAGUUUUAAGUGAUGCAUUAAAUUAUAUUUGUGAAACAGGACAAAAGGAAUGGUGUACAUUAGCAUAUUGGGAAUUGGGUGGUAGAGUAGGUCGUCUUUACCCUGUGGAACCUUCAACAGUAAAUGUUUUUGAUUCCCUCCAUGAUGGUGAUGGCCUUUGCUUAGCAACACUGGCUGAGAAUCAUGUUGCACCACCUGCAGUCCAAAGAACAAGAAGCAAAAUUGGCCUUGGUUUAAUGCUUAGUCAAGAAGCAGAUGGUGUGUGGGCAUACAACAGAUCUGAAAGCCCAAUCUUUGUGAAUUCACCCACUCUGGAUGACCCGGAGUCUAGAACACUACUUGUCUAUCGUGUGCCUCCAGGCUUUUGUCUGAAUAUCUUUGACCGUACCAAAAUUCUACAGCUUCCAUAUGGCAGUGGUACCACAAGAACGAGCAAUCAGGCUACAGGCUUUGCCUCUGGUCCUGUUGAUAUCAACUCCGUCCGCAUCAGCUUCGCCAAAGGCUGGGGACCCAAGUACUCAAGACAGGAAGUCACCUCUUGUCCAUGUUGGCUCGAAGUACUCCUAGCACCAUGCAGGUGAUCCCUACAACUCAUUGUGAAGGUAUACAGUCUCGUCCGUUUGCGCCUCUUCUUCCUCCUCGUCGUCCUCCAAGAGGACCGAUCUGUGAAACUGACGCAGCAACGACGAAGCUCCGUCCCAAAGGCUGCCAACGGAUACUCAUACGACGUGGAUCGCCGCCAGCAGUCUUACCAAAGUACGCCGCCAUACACCCAGGAACAGCGUCGUUUUAUUAACAGACAAAACGAGAAUCAUUUGACAAGAGCGUUUUAUAUUAUUGUGCCUACGAGCGGAGGACACACAGUUUGUACGUGGUACUCGAUUUUC